AUUGAAGUCAGUUUAGCCUGUGAUGUGAGAAGGUGAAGUCAGUGGGGAGGAUUUAUUUGUAAAAAACUUUUUUUUUUAUGUCACUGUUUUUGUUGUAGAGUUUCCGAAUUGAAGCUAAGAAGCAUAUAAAAACUUCCCGAGAAUUCGGACAAACGAAGGAAAAGCGAAACGAGAAAACAACACUCCAGUAACCUCCUUUCCCGACGAACUCAAAACGAAGACGCCGUUAACCAGAUGUAAGAGAGAGAGAAAAAAAAAGAAAAGAAAAGAAAAGAAAUAAAGACGAAAGAAGACGAAAUCACGUGAAAACCUGGCGCGCAUUGGUUGAAAAACUUUCCCCAUUAUACCUGCACGUGUUUGGCUUUGGGUGUGACGUCAUACCCGCGUCGUCUGCACCUCCCAGGUCACGUAGUCACUGUGACGUCAUCAAGGCAGUCGGGUACGCCCAGGUCAAAGUGGCUCGGGCGUCAUUGCUUCCCUGGGAGAGCUAGCGAGAAGGUGUGUUGUCCGCGCCUCUCACGCGCGUACCUUUUUGGAGACUGGUCAAGACAGUAUUCUUUGGAGAAUUUUUACUUUGAGUGUUUGUGAAGGAAGUGAAAUCCUCUCGAGAAAAUAUAAGGUGGUCUUAACGCGAUAUUGUUUUUAAAUAACGUGCUUAAGGAGUGUUAUCUGGAAGAUUUUUUUUUUUUUUUAUCGUUUUGGACUUUCCUUCUGUAAUCUUCAACAUGUGGAUCCUCAGAGUGAUGGCGGCCGGGAUGGUGCUGUUGGUGAUGGCCGAAGGCAGCGCCCUCCGCGAGCCGCUCCUUCAGCCGCUGGCCGGGAACGAGCUGCACCUCGCCCACCGCUCGCCGCUCCCUCUGGAGAACGGCAUCAACGACGACCACCCCAACGCCAAGUUCUUCCAGGAUAUGGUCGACCGGAACCACGAGCUCACGGCCGUCGAGUCGCACAUGACGGACCCUGGUAUCUCCGAGCCGAGGGCUGAGGUCAGCCAGGGGUCAGGGCUCCCGCAGGCUCACGAGACGCCCGAGACUGUGAAGGCCGUGAGUGAGGGGGCGAUCUCGACCUUCCCUCGCCCUCAGACGAAGAAGGUCAUCGCCCUCCUGCUGCCCAGGAAGGCCGUCAGCGCCGCCAACAAGCCGCACAGCCGCCAGAAGCGUUUCCUCUCCAAGGUGGGCAAGCUGAGGACCAUCGUCGUGCCCCUGAGCAUCUUCAACUUCCUCGGGUUCCUGCCGAUGCGCGUCCCCGGCCUGCCCUACCACGACGAGCUGCCUCCUCCCGACUACACCUACUACAACACCAUCCAUGAACUCCCCCAAAAGAGAUACAAAUACUUCCAGAAAUAUUAUUAAUCGUUAUGCCAUUUGCUGUGUAAAUAGUCCCCUUUCACUUGUUGUUAACCUGGAUAAAGUAUAGCUAUAGAGGAGUGUAUGAUAUAAUCUGCAAGAAAGACAUUUAAUGAUGAGAGGACGAGGAAAUCUAAACGAGCUUCGACUGACACUGAAAGAUGCAACUAAUAAACGGAAUCCGGAAGGGAAAUGCAGUGAUCAAAAGUUCUUGCGCUUCCAGUUAACAAUUGUUUCGUUGGGUCUGCAGAUGCUCAGUAAAGCAAGAAUAACGAACUCAGUGACAUAAGAAAUAUUAUAAACAGAAGAAGUGAAGAUACUAAUUUAUUACCCCAUCACGAUAGCGACCAAGUCGUUCAUCGUCUUUACAAAUAUCUGACGAGAUAAAACUGUAGUCUUUUAACUACUUCAUAAACCCAAAAUUACUGCACCAAUGGCUAAAGCUUAAUCUACAAAAUCUCUCUCUGAUUUUACCCUUUUCGAACUGUUUGAAGAUCAUGGAGCUAGUGUUUCCUUCAGGAACCAGAAAAAAAUACAUUUCAUAAACUGAAAAAAAAACUAAUGACUCUAAAUAAACUGAAGAAACAAGUGUGAUGCUGAGAAACAAAAUAUUAACUCCGAAGACAAUGGAAAUGAUAUAGUGUCCCCCUGAUACGAGAGGUACACGGCCGCGUGAGGAGAGCACCGUGCCAUUAACUGAGAAGAUUUCCUGACGCCUUCUGCCAAACGUCUUUGGAAUUCUGGCUGACACUGACGAAGGAAGACGACACUCGUCCUCGGACACUCUAAAUGACGAUGGUUGACAGACCUUUUCCACCAGUUUGUCGGGAUCACGCUGAGCUGUUGAUUCCAGUUGACACUUUUCUUCCGUCCUCCGUACGCUCCGUGGCAAAGCUUGGAGCUCGCACUGGCACUGAACGGACGUCGUUUCGUUCGAGCUCGAGACCAGGAUUCGAAUCGAGGCUCGACCCGCGAAGGACCCGUUCACCAGCACCGAGCACCAGUAGGUUCCGGCGAUGGUGGCGUUGAAGUCCUGGAAGACGAGGUAUGAAUGGGAGUGGAAAGAGUUUCCGAAGACGAAGGCGUGUCUCUCGGGUGCCCAGGGCAAGACGUCCCUGCCGUGGGGGUCCGUCCACACGACCUGGCGGAGGUGGAGCUGUUCCCUCGCGUCGGCGAUGCAGUACACGAAGGCGUUGCCCAGGAAGGGGAUGCAGAUCGUCGAGCAGUUCUUGAUGACAGCCUCGCCCGUGGAAUUCGACGCCUUGUCGGGAGGGACGGUCGCGGACGCUGGAAGAACGGCCAGCGCCAAGACGAAGGCGGGGACGGUCAGGACUGUUCUCACCAUCGUCGUAAGAGUGAGAGACAAAGAGGAGAAAAUGCACUUGCUCUUGGCUUUCUUUUCACUGAGAUGCUGUAUAUCUGUUCGAGUAAAGAGUGAAUACUUCUUCAGGAUGUGCCGUAUAAAGAAAAAUCAUCGUCACUCUCAACGUGGUGUCCCUUUGAUUAUUAACGACACAAUGAAAUAUAUCCAACGAAUCACCUUAGCUCACACAAUCAAAUCUGAAUCCCCUUUUAAAUCAAUCAACCCUAUGAACGAACCUUCUACUCAACCGAAGGCAAUCACCAAUCCAAGAAGAUCCAAAGCAGAGGCUAGUUCGAUCUUGACGGACACCUUUAGCACUCAAGAGACGAAUUAUCAAACGGCAGCUGAACGGCAGUGGAUGCUGACACCACCUGACACUAACAAUGCGGUAUACUGGCCUUGUAUGACAAUAACAAUACGCGUUUAGUCACUA